AUGCAAGCUCAUGCUCCACCAACAGUUUUACCUAAUGAUUCUUGGAUUAUAAAUACUAGGGCUUCUCAUCACAUGACUGCAAACAUUGAUUCUUUGCAACAAGUCACUUCAUAUGCAGGCAAUGACAAAAUUACAAUUGGCAAUGGUGAAGACAAGGUAACCAAAGCUGUUCUUUACCAAGGAAGGAGUGAGGAUGGUGAGUUGUUUCAGAUUCCAGUAAAGCUGUUCCCAGGGUGUUUGUCUCCAUCAGUUCAGAAGUCAGUAGCAUUACUUGGACAUAAGGUGAAGUCUACAAUUUGGCACCAAAGACUUGGACAUCCCAGCAAUGAAGUGCUUUCAGAGAUGAUGAAACUAUCAGAUAUAGCUAUUACAGUAGAUGAUAAUAAACAUAGAUUUUUCAGCUUUGUUCAUAAUCAGUUUAAUGUUAGCAUUAAAUGUCUUCAAACUGAUGGAGGUGGAGAGUUUAUAAGUAAACAGUUUGAUGAUUUCUUGAAACUUAAAGAAGGUUAUAAGGGAGCACUAUGUUUUCAUAUGCAGUCUCAGAAACUAAUUAUAUCCAGAGAUAGGUCUGUGAAUGGUCCUAUUAUUGUUACACUUCUAGUGCAGCCUCGUUCUGGUGAUUUUGAUAGCAGAAAUAUGACACCUGAUUCAGUAGGUGUAAGUUCUCCACAUUCCGUUAGUACAACAGCUAAUGAGACUAGUGCAAAACCUACAAACUUUCGAAGUGCAUCUACAAAUGUUAAUUGGCAAAGAGCAAUGCAAGAAGAGUUCGAUGCAUUGAAAGGUCAAGCCACAUGGAAGCUAGUCCCUUCACCUACACACAGAGCAGUUGUUGGUAGCAAAUGGGUUUACAAGCUGAAAAAGAAUCCUGAUGGGUCUAUUUCAAGAUAUAAAGCUAGAUUAGUAGCUCAAGGGUAUAAUCAAGAACAUGGACUAGAUUAUUUUGAGACAUUCAGUCCUGUUGUGCGACAUAGCACAAUUCGGUUAAUCAUUUCUCUUGCAGCUCAAUUUCAGUGGGAAUUGAGACAGUUGGAUGUUAAGAAUGCAUUCUUGCAUGGUGAAUUGGAUGAAGAGGUUUAUAUGAAACAGCCACAAGGGUUUGUGGAUUCUACUUAUCCUGAAUAUGUAUGCAAGUUGGUGAAGUCUUUGUAUGGCUUGAAACAGGCCCCACGAGCAUAG